CUCCGAGCGGCGCAGCCAUUUUGGUGGAAGAGAAACAAUAGGACGGAAGCGCCGCGGGACGGGGCUGUGGCUGCACAGGCAGAGUGUCCUUUGCCAGUCCAGGCGUGAAGAGACACCGACAGACACAGGCAGAAGACGCACUGGCCGCCAGACCCCGCUGCCUCCCCUUCCUACCUGCUGCCUGCGUCCGGAGGAUGAGCCCAGCCUUCAGGGCCAUGGACGUGGAGCCCCAUGCCAAGGGUGUCCUGCUGGAGCCCUUUGUCCACCAGGUUGGGGGACACUCCUGCGUCCUCCGCUUCAACGAGACAACCCUGUGCAAGCCCCUGAUCCCGAGGGAGCAUCAGUUCUACGAGACCCUCCCAGCGGAGAUGCGCAAAUUCACUCCCCAGUACAAAGGUGUUGUCUCCGUGAGCUUUGAAGAAGAUGAAGACAGGAACUUGUGUUUAAUAGCAUAUCCAUUAAAAGGGGACCAUGGAACUGGGGACAUUGUAGAUAAUUCGGACUGUGAACCCAAAAGUAAGCUGCUGAGGUGGACAAACAAAAAACAUCAUGUCCUAGAAACUGAAAAGUCACCCAAGGAUUGGGUGCGUCAGCACCGAAAAGAGGAGAAGAUGAAGAGCCAUAAGUUAGAAGAAGAAUUUGAGUGGCUAAAGAAAUCUGAAGUUGUAUACUACAACAUAGAGAAGAAGGGGAAUAUAAGUUCUCAGCUUAAACACUACAAUCCUUGGAGCAUAAAAUGUCACCAGCAACAGUUACAGAGAAUGAAAGAAAAUGCAAAGCAUCGGAACCAGUACAAAUUUAUCUUAUUGGAGAACCUGACUUCCCGCUAUGAGGUGCCUUGUGUCUUGGACCUCAAGAUGGGCACACGGCAGCAUGGCGAUGAUGCUUCAGAAGAGAAAGCAGCCAACCAGAUCCGAAAAUGUCAGCAGAGCACAUCAGCGGUCAUUGGGGUACGCGUGUGCGGCAUGCAGGUCUACCAGGCAGGCACCGGCCAGCUCAUGUUCAUGAACAAGUAUCAUGGGCGGAAGCUCUCUGUGCAGGGUUUCAAAGAGGCGCUUUUCCAGUUUUUCCACAAUGGGCGGUACCUGCGCCGGGAGCUCCUGAGCCCUGUGCUGAAGAAGCUGGCGGAGCUCAAGGCCGUGCUGGAGCGACAGGAAUCCUACCGCUUUUACUCCAGCUCCCUGCUGAUCAUCUACGAUGGCAAGGAGUGGCCUGAAGUGGCUCUGGACUCUGAUGCCGAGGACUUGGAGGAUCUGUCAGAAGAAUCAGCCGAUGAGUCUGCCGGGGCCUAUGCCUACAAGCCCAUUGGCGCCAGCUCCGUGGACGUGCGCAUGAUCGACUUUGCACACACCACCUGCAGGCUGUUUGGCGAGGACAGCGUGGUCCACGAGGGCCAGGAUGCCGGUUAUAUCUUUGGGCUCCAGAGUCUGAUAGACAUCGUCACAGAGAUCAGUGAGGAGAGUGGAGAGUGAGCUUGUCGGCUUGUGGAGGACCUAAGAGACUGUGUGUCCCAGGCCCAGCUGUGCUGCGCCAGGGAGGAAGCCAGUAUGGCCAGGUGGUGGCCCCUGGGGCUGGUGCGCAGUGGCCUCUGGGAGCCCCCAGCCAGCCCCAGCCCCAGCCACGGAGUUUUAUUUAUUUUAACUAUUUCUUCAACAUUCCACAUAUGAUGAUGCAGAUACCUCUUUGUUCCCUGAGUGUAAUACAGAUCUAAUACAGAUCUUUUUGUUUAUUGUA